AUGAAAGGCAGAUUAAAAAUUACCAAAACUGUCAAUGGUUUACACAAGAGAGAAGGCAGAAGCUGUUAUCCUCAACCCGGCUGGAAUCGAAAUGGAAACAGUUGCCUGGUGGUGCUGUUCUGUGUGACAUGUUUCUCGGUACUCAUGUGUUUGGUGCUGGCCGACAUCUUUAGGAACGUAGACGAAACCGAUUCCAACACGACCACGACAUCGCAGCCGUCCGUAGUCCCCUCGACGAUCUUGAGGACGUCUGCCGAAGCUGUACGGUGCCGUCUGGUUGUCGACUGUUUGAUAGAAUGCACCGACAUAAGUGUGACUAAUUUGUCUUCCGAAAUCGACGAGCUGGCGAAGACAAACGACUGCCAGGCCAUCCGUUUGAUCGUGACAUCCUUACAAACUCCGGAAGAUAUCCUGCUCCGUAGCUGGUUGCAGCUAGACGUGGACUUCGAAGUGGCAGCGUUACAUUUAAUAAGUUCCAACAUAAACGCAAUCGAGCCGGAAUCCUUUGACAGUGGCCCUAUGUUCAGUACGCUUAUCCUAACUCUAGAAUCGCUGAAGCUCCAACAUCUUCCAGCUGGUGUGUUUCUAGGCCUGCAAAGUUUACAGGAAUUGAACCUGAAAAAUCUCCCGCUAAAGCAAAUCGAUCCUUACGUGCUGGGACCGAUGAAGUACUCGUUGACACGCUUGGUUGUCGAGGGAAGUUUGGAAAUGAUCGACCCGAAAAAUCUUACUGGCACCGCCACGCUGGACCGGCUAGAGAUACUUUCGCUAGAACACAACAUUUUUGAUGCAGUGUUGCGCAAGGACUCGUUCAUUAACCUGCCCAAAAUAACGAGUCUUUAUCUGCGCAACUCUCACAUUUCCUCUCUCGGUAGCGGUGUUUUUCAAAGUAUCUGCGAUACCGUGAAGCAGAUUCAUCUGACCGGCAACGAGAUGCAGAUGGUUCAGAAAGGUACAUUUGACUGCUUGAAGGGCAAGAACGUCAAAGUGUUUAUGCAGGACAAUCCUUGGGUGUGCGAUUGUGGACUGCAGUAUCUGCAGGAGAUGCUCAGUGACGAGAGCCUUACCUUUGAUGAGCCGUUAUGUGAUAGCCCGGUAGAGUACAAUGGAUUGCCUGUACGGGAGGUGGCAAUGUGUGGUACCCCUGUACCACCGACAACGGUGCCACCUGAAGUGACGACUAGCAGUGACGCUACCGACUCAUCCACGGACGAUCCUACCACAGCUUCCGAAACAACGACCAGCACACCCUUGACAACCGAAGUGACCGAGUCCGGGAGUCCUGAGACUACCGAUUCUACAACCGAGAGCACCGUCGAAUCUUCCUCCACGGAAUCCACAAGCAGCACCGAGAAGUCGACUAGCACAAUGUCGCUCUCGUACAGUAACGACGAAACGGAGACCACAACCGAUCCACCGGAAACGACAACAUUGGAAACAACAACCACAUACACGACUGAGUCAGAAACUCUAUCUACCACCGAUGCAGAGCCAACAUCGGAAUAUACAACUUCUCACGAUGUCACAACUCCCUCUACAACGAUUCAAACGACGAAUAUAUACCCCACUAUGCCAACGGCAUCACCCAACGUGGAGUUAGAGUGCGAGAGUUCCGCCAAAUCAAUCAUAACGGAGCUGGAAGUCUCGGAAGCGCGCUCGCGUUCCGCCCGUUCAAGCAACUCCGUUGCACUGCAUGUCGCGUGCCGCACCAAGCAGUUUAGCAUUUCCGAGGCACAGGAAGGAGCGGUGGAGAUCUUCUUCGACAAAACGACAUACGGCGCGAUCCUCUGGUUCCACGAUACCUCAACUCUGUCGUCUGUGUACUCGACCAAUAUCGAAGGCAGUGCGCACUGUCAAACUGUCGGCGGUCAAAAAGUACGCAUAACCAAUCUGGUGCCCGACAAGAACUACAUAUUCUGCGCCUUCGCCCUACACGAAACCAUGGUGUCACCGUUCGACUGUCUUCCCUACCGAUUGCAGCCGAUCUAUGGGCAGCGGCCGUGGCUUGUUGAGGAUCAGAAGAUUAUGAUGAUUUCGAUUAUAAUUUCAUCCAUUCUGGUCGCGGUACUUACGGGCGUCCUGGUGACGUACUGUUUUUUCAAAAGUUUGGCGCUCUACAAUUCGCGUCGCAUCUCGUUCGUUGCAGAUUCGAAAAACUCGGUUGUGCCGUUGGAGAGCAAUGCCGCGAAGCAUACGUACAUGUCCCCGAUGCCAGCCCCCAAGAAGCUGUCAACUCCAGACAGACCAAACAUAAGGCGCAGCGCCUCCGACACCAGUAUCGAAAGUGGCCGAAGUUACGUGUCCGCGGUGGUGCCAAAGUCCCAGUUCGAGUACAUAUCCUGGAAGAUGGAGAACUGUCGGGAGGUAGGCCGACCGUCGUUGGAGUACCACCCGACUAAUCCGCCACCGCCGCCCCUUCCACCACACCCGAGCAAGCGGCUGAAGAAGCAAAAGUCGGAGAUCAAAAUCAACUUCCAACAGCAGCACGAGAUCUACGACGAGCCGGCCGGACCCAGCUACGGUGGGCGUACCGCCGGCAACAGUGUUUUGCAUCAGUCGCAACGCAGCACCCGGCACCGCAUGUCCGCUGCUGGAGUUAUCCACUGA